AUGGGGAACUCCACAGGAUGCACAGUAGACGAUCUCCAGGCCAUUGAGAUGCACCUGUGGUACAAGAAGUUCAUGACUGAGUGUCCUUCAGGUCAGUUAACUCUCCACGAGUUCAAGCAGUUCUUCGGGCUCCGAGGUCUUGAUCCAGAGGCCAACGCUUACAUCGAACAGAUGUUUCGCACCUUCGAUAUGAACAAGGAUGGUUAUAUCGACUUCAUGGAGUAUGUGGCAGCACUAAGUCUUGUAAUGAGAGGAAAAAUGGAGCACAAACUGCGCUGGUACUUCAGACUGUACGAUGUGGAUGGCAACGGCUGCAUAGACCGACACGAGCUGCUCAAUAUCAUAAAGGCUAUCCGUGCUAUUAAUGGCAGCGAUUCUCAGGAAAUGAGUGCUGAAGAGUUCACCAACCGUGUGUUUGACAGGAUCGAUGUGAACGGAGACGGUGAGCUGUCACUAGAGGAGUUUGUUGAAGGAGCACGGCGAGAUGAAGAGUUCAUGGAGGUGAUGAUGAAGAGUGUGGACCUCAGUCACAUUGUGGCCAUGAUCCACAACCGCAGGAAUAGUGUGUAA